AUGGCAUCGGUAUUUUACAUCUUAGACAGUAAAGGAUCUCCUCUUAUCUGUCGUUCAUACCGUGGAGAUAUUGCGCAGAAUCCACCCGCAGUCUUUCAACGCCGUGUAUUGGAUGAGGAAGAGUUCCGUGUAACCCCUGUAUUUGAGGAACAAGGACAUACCUACUGUUUUAUCCGCGUAAAUGAUGUCUUUUUCCUCAUGGUGAGUAAAAUAAACACUUGUCCAUUACAGCAAAUUGCGUUUAUGCGUCGUUGUGUGACGGUGUUUGAGAAUUACUUUAAACACGUCUCUGAAGAGACCGUAAUGGAUAACUUUGUGAUUGUAUAUGAAUUAAUGGAUGAGAUGUGUGAUUUUGGUUUACCACAGUAUACAGAAGAAAAGGUAUUACAGGAAUAUAUUACACAAGAGGGUCUUAUUUCUUAUUUAUUACCAGAGGAGAAAUUGCGGGUGAAGGAACUUCCAGCGGCAGUAACAGGAAUGGGUGGUGGAACCCCAUGGAGAAUGCCGGGUAAAUAUAAAUACCGCAGAAAUGAAGCCUUCUUAGAUGUGAUUGAGAGUAUUAAUAUUCUCGUUUCCCCAGAAGGUGAAACCUUAUCAAGUGAAAUUGUCGGUCAACUUAAAAUGCGUGUUCGUCUCUCUGGUAUGCCAACGCUUAAAUUGGGAUUAAAUGAUAAAGCCAUGUUGGGAAUUACCGGUGGCCGUACAGGCCGUGCAGUGGAAAUGGCAGAUGUGAAAUUCCAUCAAUGUGUACGACUCAAUCAAUUUGAAAGUGAUCGUAUCAUUACCUUUAUUCCCCCUGAUGGGGAUUUUGAACUCAUGACUUAUCGCUCCAGUAAAAAGAUCUCCCCACUCGUGCAGGUGGAAUGUGUUGUUACGAGACGAAGUGCCACACAAGUGGAAAUGACCGUCACAGCCCGCACAACUUUCCGUCGAACCACAACCGCUAAUUUUGUGGAUCUUCUCAUUCCCAUUCCAAGUGAUGCGAAUAAACCAGAGGCGAAGUGUACAAUGGGGAAACUGCGAUAUGCCCCGGAGUCCAGUGUGUUGGUGUGGAGUCUGCGCGGUGUGGGUGGGGGCAAACAAUUCAGUUGUCUCUGCAAGUUUCAUCUCCCAUCGGUGCGUAGUAGUGAUCCGCAGGCUGUGGCGAAGGCACCCAUUCAAGUGAAGUUUGAAAUUCCAUUCUUCACCGCCUCGGGAUUUCAAGUGCGUUAUUUGAAAGUAACGGAGAAGUCAAAUUAUGAGGCACUGCCGUGGGUGCGGUAUGUGACGCAGAGUGGAGACUAUCAGGUGCGAACCAACUAA